GCGCCUAUGCCAGAACUUCGGCUCAUAGAGAUCCUUUUGGCCUUACAAGCUACAAAGAGUACACAAAGCAUUUGCCUAUAAAACCAAAAUUAAUGUGAGAUAACAUAUCAAUCUCAUAUUCCGACCCUCACGCCAGACUUGUUUCUCUCUUUACUAGCUUAUUCAUACCUCUCCUGCACUAACUGGAAACCCCCUUACCAUUUUCAUGGCUACAAUUGCAAGAUUAUUGUCUUCAUCUUAUUCCUCUGCAUUCACUUUCUUCCACAAUGACUCCUAUUCAAUAUCUUCUCAAACCUUUUCUCGGCCUCUCAAUAGUAAAACUAGAGCUUCAUCUUUAAAACUCCAACCAAAUGAUCAAGGUUUCUGGUUAGUGAAGGACAGGGAUAAUCUUGAUUUCGCAAAGACGGAAACAGGUGAAAAAAUCCUGGAAAUUCACUGCACUUCAGAAUAUGAUAAGGGGCUUCAGCUUUCUCAGGAGAAACUGGUGAUUGCUCAUUUUUCAGCUAGACACUACAAGUACAAUUUAAUAAUACAGCGAUUCAUGGAGGAACGAUGCAGAAUAUCAAGUGACGUCAACUUUCUGCAUGUGAUGGCUAAUGAUACAGAGAAAAUCAGGCAAUUAUGCAGGAGAGAAAACAUUGAGAAAAUCCCAUAUUUUGUCUUCUACAAGAAAAUGGAGAAUAUUCAUGAAGAAGAGGGAUUUCAACCGAAGAAGCUAGUAAGCAACAUACUGUACUAUGGACAUGACGCAUUUUCGCCUGUGGUUCAAUUGCAAUCUGGGGAAGAUUUGGAGAAGCUGAUAAAGGUUCACAAGAUUGAUCAUAAGCUGAUUGUGGUCAAUGUGGGCAUGAGACGGUGCAUUCCUUGUGUGAAAAUAUACCCUAGCGUGCUUAAAUUGGCAAGCCAGAUGGCUGAUAGAGUAGUGUUUGCAAGGAUGAAUGCUGAUGAAAAUAAUAGCUGCAUGAAGAUGUUGAGGGAAAUUGGUGUUUCCAGGGUGCCCGCAUUUUUGUUUCUGAAAAACGGGGAGCUGUGUGGAAGGUAUAUUGGAUCUUGCGCGAGUACUCUUAUCAGGGAGAUAAUGAAAUUGCGGGCUGAUCAAACAAUAACUGCUCUUCAAAGAAAACAUAGCAAUUUAACUCACUCUGCCAUAUCUUUUGAUGAAUGAGAGUAAGAGGAAUAGGGAGCGGUUUUAGUCCUUAAAGAUAUCUUAUAAAUAUCUAAAAGUUCAUAAAAUGUCUAAAAGUAUACAGUAAAAUAUUUAGAAAAUGAAUUUAUAAGAUUCGAAUAAAAUGUUAGAAUAAUUUGAAGUUCCUUAAAAAGAAGGGGAUGCUAGAGGAGGAACUGAAGAAGCUUCUUAAAUCACUUAUCUCACCACUUGUCACAAGAAAUAAUUGAAAAUUUCUAAGUGGAAUCAUGGGGGAGAGAAUUGCUUAUGUACACUCUGUGGUGGAAUCAAUCUGGUAAUUAAAAGGAAAAACAAUAGCCCUUGAAGUGGAAGGUUUGAAAUUUAAUUGUAUAUGCUUAUUUCGGUCCAAUCCUCUUGGUCUUGGUC